CGCCGUAACGCCGCCCUCAAGCGAGGGCUCCAGUGCGCAUGCGCGUCGCUCCGAGCUUUCCCCUUGUCCCACGGCAGCUUCUUUUUUUUUUUUUUUAUGUCCAACUCUGCAGUCUGCACACAUCGCCACUACUCAAAGACGCGAUGGCCGUCCCUCCUGCAUACUCCGACUUGGGGAAGUCUGCCAAAGACGUCCUCAACAAGGGCUACAGUUAUGGAAUUCUGAAGCUGGAUGUGAAGACCAAGUCCCCGAACGGUGUUGAGUUCGCCACUUUGGGCUCCAGCAACACAGACACGGGCAAGUCGGGCGGCCAUCUGGAGACCAAGUACAAACUAAGCCAGCUGGGCCUCAGCUUCAGCCAGAAAUGGAGCACGGACAAUACUCUCGCCGCGGAAAUCACCAUGGAGGACCAGCUGGCAAAGGGCUUGAAACUCGGUCUGGACACGUCCUUCGUACCAAACACAGGCAAAAAGAGCGCCAAACUGAAGACGGCCUACAAGCGCGACUUUGUCAACGUGGGCUGCGACCUGGCGUUCGACGUGGCCGGCCCCACCGUCCACAGCACCGCCGUGUUGGGCUACCGGGGUUGGCUGGCGGGCUACCAGGUGGCGUUCGACACCGCCAAGUCCAAGCUCACCAUGAACAACUUUGCGCUGGGAUACCAGGCCCGCGACUUCCAGUUUCACACCAGCGUCAAUGACGGCACAGACUUUUCCGGCUCCAUUUACCAAAAGGUGAACAGCAACACGGAAACGGCGGUCCACCUGGCCUGGACGGCCGGGAGCAACAACACGCUCUUUGGAUUGGGGGCCAAAUACCAGCUGGAUAAGGACAGCUCUCUUUGUGCCAAAGUCAACAACACAUGCCUCGUUGGACUAGGAUACACACAAACGCUCAGGCCAGGAAUCAAGCUGACGCUCUCGGCGCUCCUCGACGGCAAGAACGUCAACGGCGGCGGACACAAGAUGGGCCUGAGCUUCGAGUUGGAUGUGUAAAGAUGGCGAGAAACAACGGUACCGGAGAAGGAAAUGAGAAAAUGAAAGCGCCCAUAUAUGACGACACCUCCAAGGUCCAACCGGCAACACUAAAUAUGAUCCACGCACACACACAGUCGAAGGGCUUGUUUCAAUGCAAUACCAUUUGAAUACUUUCACAGUUCAACUCCACAAUUUUCAUUUUGCAUCAAAAUACAACAAAAGGAGGGCAUUUGUGACGACUUCAUAUUUAGUGGGUGAAUACUUCACAUCCUGCUGAAAAUAUAGGUUAAAGUAAACUUUUAUUUCUUGAAUGGAUAUCUUUUAAGCAGGAAAGGACAAUUUUUUUUCCUUGCAGUUAAGAUAGCCAUUGAGAAUUCACUUGAUCUUCAAAUGUAUGAACUGCAGUUGUUCUGGACAUUUUUCUCAUCUUAAUUAUCAACUCCUUUUUGCCCUACCACACUCUGGCCGCAUACAUUUAAUAUUAUUACAUUAUAUUAUAACUUUUCCUGCCACUUUACCAAAUGCCGUGUCUUAUCAUACACAGUGCAAUAAUAGAUAGAAUGUCAAAAUAUACGACUCCAUUUCUCCUCGGCGUCAUCAGUUGCUCAAAGGUUUAUUUUGUGUGCGUGGUGGCGGUAGUGGUUGGGGGUUCGACAGCAGUUCAGCCUCUAAAGCAUUUCACUUGAUCUGCGUGUUGUGCUUUGUGUAACAACUUCAGUCAACAGGUACAACCUCAAUGAUUUUUAUUUCAUCGGUGGAAUAAAAAAAGAAUGUAUAUACAAGGAUGAUCUUUUGUGCUGUCAAACAUCUUAACAUUAAUAAAGGAAAUACCACAAAGUGCAAAAUUCAAAAUAUCAUCGUAACCCUAAACCAUUAGAAAGGAGACAGACAACAACUAUUAAGCUCAAAGUAAUUUUGGAAUGAACUAGAACUUUCCCUCAGCUUGUGCUGGUUUUAGUUGAAUAUUUCACUUAAUAUAUUAAUUUUGAAAAUGCCCCAAUGAACAAUGUGCAGCAGAGGUCUUCAACUUUUGUCCUCAAAGGCACAUUAUAAUUUUUUUAAAAACAGACAGAUGGGCAUUAAUGGAUGAGAUUAAAAUGUCUAUAAAGUAUCUAUCCGUCGAUUUUCUGAGCCGCCUAUCCUCACAAGGAUCGCAGGAGGGCCAGAGCCUAUCCCAACUAUCUUUGGGCACGGGGCGAAGUAAACCCUCAACUGGUUGCCAGCAAAUCGCAGGGCACAAACAACCAUUCCCACUCACAAUCACACCUGGGGCAAUUUAGAGUGUCCAAUUAAAUGUUGCAUAUUUUUGGGGUGUGGGAGGAAACCGGAGUGGCCCGAGAAAACCCACGCAGGUACGGGGAGAGCAUCCAAAUGCCACAUAGGCGGGGGUGGGAUUUGAACCCCGGUGCUCAAAACUGUAAGGCAGACGCUCUAACCAGCUGUGCCGCCCGAUGCAAAAUAUAAAAAAUGUUAUUAAAAUGGAAUAUACACCUACUACACAUCUCCGCUGGAGUCAGCUGAAAUAGGCGCCAUCAUACUCUAGUGAGCAAAAAAGAGAAUGCAUGGAUGGAUACAUAUUCAUGCAAAGUAUAUAUUUUGUGUUUCACAAUAAUGUGUAGCUAAACUGAUAAUUGCAUGUACUUAUGGACUAAACUAAAAUCAUAGAGGGUAUCAUGAAAAUAUGCAAAUACAUUUCAUGAAUGGAACCAAUAACCUCUAAAAUAUCCACACACUCUUUUGUACGCACAGUUUCCACCACUUUCCUCUCUUUGUAUAAUUCUAGUACAGCUCGAGUUGAGUUUUGUACCCUGGAGGGCGCUUGCAGCACCCGUUUUCAAUCCACUUCAUCACCACUGAUAUACAUAAGCCUGCCUGAGAUAGUAUUGCAGUGGUACCACGGCUCACCUGACACCAGUAAGCCACAUUGCUCGGCCUUUUUGUUCCCUGUAUUCCCAUUCCUGCCAUUUGCAGCCUGCCAACACAUCCCGCAUCACCGCCAUACCCUGUUCUUAAUAAACCUCAUCCUAUUCUGCCUCCGCCUGCUCUUGGGUCCGGCUCCUUUCUCCUUGUGACAACAGUGGUCUAGAAAAUCUGGUUGCCAGACAACCAUGGCGUGGUGUUUGGAGUACAGACGUGAGAGUAUGUGGUGCCUCAAAACACUCCUUCACGAUAAGAACGCAAGGGAUUUGAGUUGUUCUUGUAGCAGAGAGUUGAUGUGUACGAGGGUCAAUAAGCAUUCUGUGUGCUGGGAAGUCACAAUUUGUGUUUAGUUCAGUGUACAUAUCCUUAUUCAUCCAUUCAUUAUCUUUGACGCUUAUCCUCACGAGGGUCGCGGGGAGCGCCAGAGCCUAUCCCAGCUGUCAACGGGCAGGAUACAGGGUACACCCUUGAACUAGUUGCCAGCCAAUUGCAGUGCACAUUGAGACAAACCAGUCGCACUCCCAAUCACACCUAGGGGCAAUUUAAAGUGGCCAAUUAACGUUGCAUGUUAUUGGGAUGCCGGAGGAAACCGAAGUGCCCAGAGAAAACCCACGCAGGCAAGGGGAAAACAUGCAAACUCCACACAGGCGGGUCCGGGAUCGAAGAGGGGCCUCAGAACUGUGAGAUCAACGCUUUCCAGCUGACAUACAAUAAAUCAUUUAACCAAUUAUUUGAAAUAAAUUAUUAUAUUUUUUAGACUGAUAAAUUCAUUUUUAAAUUUAGGCUAAAGUCACCAAAUCAAUGGACCAAAUAUUAUAGGACUCAUGCUAAUGUAAAUCAUUCUUGGGCCAGGUUAAAAGAUUGGACUCGGGCGUAGUGGACCCCUGGGCCGUACUUUGCACACCACUACUGUACAGUGUUUGCCGUCGUUCUAUUGUGACGCUGGACAAUACUACAUGUACAAUCUCUGCAAACGUCAUUAGGUACACCUCCGCAUGGCGUUAAAUAAGGUAACCAAAAUAUGAGGAAAACCAUUCGAUACGAAAUGGAACCAUUAAAACACACGUGGCAAAUAUUUGCUUGAAUCGGGGCAACUGGACUCUUCUUAGCUUGUUGACGUUUUACCUUUAAUCCAAAAGGAUUACAGUAGUCUGAUGUAAAACUAAAGCGUAUUCCUACUUAAUUCUCUGGUUGCUGUGUCACUGGGUUUGGUGAUUAAUAAAGUCUUUUUUGUUCCCAGAUUGUUUUACGUACCAACCGGUCGUUCAGACGCCUUGUUAGUGGGCCCGCUUCCCAUGGAAUGAGAAUAUCAUUAAGGUAGGAAUGUCAAAAUGUUUUAAGAAGACAACGGACGACGGCGUCACCCUCAGGCCCUGCAAUUUGGACGUAGAUGGCCAUUUUCGCGCUUAUUUCGAACCGGCUGUCGUCUCUGUUCAGAAUCUCAAAGCCGUUUUCCUCAAAGAUGCACGUGAAUUGCUGACUCGGAACCCCGUGAAGUCGCUCACCUUGGAAGCACCACGGGUUUGUGUAAAGAACCGCCUCUUUGAAAGAGGUAUAAAAGA